UGGGCAACGUUAUGAAAAAGAACUUACUAAAGUGCCACGCCCACAAGCAAGCCCAAAACCAACAACAAUUGAAACUGAAGAAAAUCGAAAUCUAUUUUAUGUACAAUAAUCUGUGCAAGAGAAAAACUUUAACGCCCACAAAUUUAUUGACACUAAACACUCCAAGUGAAUGAAUUUUCCGCCGCAGCUAAUUAAACAAAAAUAAAAACAAAUUUAAUAAUAUAAAAACAAAUUAAAAGUGAACAAAACCUUAUUAAGGUAACUACUAAUUAAAGCUGCAGUUUGAAUCAAACCCUCAACAUGGUUGGUGUUGCCGCCGAUCCAUCGCAGGCCGCUCAAUUAUCAUCGGCCAAGAAUCCGAUGAUUAAGUAUUUGCUGAAGCAACGCGAGAGUCAUGCACGUGCCCAAGAUGCGGACUAUUCGCAUGUGUUUCGCCGCAAGACACGCUUCGAACUAUUUCGCCUGUCCGCCAUUGCGAUGGCCAUCGAAUUUGCUUAUGCGGCCGAGACAAGUUUCGUUUCACCGAUUCUUCUACAAAUUGGUAUCGAUCACAAGCACAUGACCAUGGCCUGGGGCCUGUCACCGUUGAUUGGUUUCUUUGUCUCACCGCUGCUGGGCAGCAUCAGUGAUCGCUGCAAGCUGCGCUGGGGUCGACGUCGACCCAUUAUCACACUGCUGUCGCUGGGCAUAUUCCUUGGCCUGAUUUUGGUGCCGUACGGCAAGGAGCUAGGCGUCUGGCUGGGCGACGUGGGCUACAAUUACUCGACUGCAAACUAUGGCAACGAGAGCUCUGUGUCGGCGGCGGCUCUGCUGUCAUCCGAAGCGGCGCCGGAAUCGGGAGCCUCACCUGGAAACUACAAGUUCGCUGUAAUCUUAACCAUCUUGGGCAUGGUGCUGUUGGAUUUCGAUGCAGACACCUGCCAAACGCCGGCUCGCACCUAUUUGCUGGACAUGUGUGUGCCCGAGGAGCAGCCAAAGGCGUUGACUACGUUUACACUCUUCGCGGGCUUCGGUGGCACCAUUGGCUACGCCAUUGGCGGCAUCGAUUGGGAGACAACGCACAUUGGAAACGUGCUGGGUGGAAAUAUACCCACAGUGUUCACACUGGUGACCAUUAUCUUUGUGAUUUGCUAUUUGGUAACGGUGACAACGUUCCGUGAGAUUCCGCUCGAGUUGAUCGAACGCGAUGAGCUGCUGCGUCCGCUCUCCUGUUCGGCCAUCAAGAAGGAGCUGAAGAAGAACAACAAUGCCAUUUACUAUAUACAAGAGAACUCCACGCUGGACGAGCAAAUGAAGGCGGCUGCUGUGGAGCCCAUCGCCAGCUAUCAGAACAGCCGAUUGCCAGCGAUCAGCGAUAAGCUGAAGAGGCCGCAGGACCUGGAGUUGCAAGUGGACGAUGAGGCACCGAUCUCGUUGCGCGGCUAUCUGAAGAGCAUCUUCAUAAUGCCCUACUCGAUGCGCAUGCUGGCGCUGACCAAUCUCUUCUGUUGGAUGGGUCAUGUCACCUAUUGCCUGUACUUCACCGACUUUGUGGGCGAGGCGGUUUUCCACGGUGAUCCCACAGCGCCGCCCAACUCGGCGCCGCUGUUGCUGUACGAGGAGGGCGUACGAUUCGGCUGCUGGGGCAUGUCCAUCUAUGCCUUCUCCUGCUCCAUUUACUCGAUGUCUGUGACGAAGCUGAUGAAGUGGUUUGGCACCAAGGUGGUUUAUAUCAGCGGCAUGGUCUACUAUGGCAUCGGCAUGCUGAUCCUCGGUCUCUGGCCAACGAAGUGGGGCGUUUUGGUUUUUAGCACCUCGGCGGGCAUACUCUAUGGCACACUCUUUACCAUGCCCUUCAUACUGGUGGCCAACUAUCAUGCCAAAAAUUGUUUCCGCGUCCAUAACGGCGAAACUGUUCCGCUGAAGCAGGCCCGCGGCCUGGGCACCGAUGUGGCCAUCAUUAGCAGCAUGGUCUUCAUAGCCCAGUUAAUUGUUUCACUCAGCGUUGGCCCACUCGUCGCCUGGAUGGAGACGACGUGCGCCAUUUUGUAUGCGUCGACAUUUUUAUCCUUUGCAGCGGCCAUUGCGGCCAUGUUUGUGCUUUAUGUCUAAGGCUCAGCUCGGUCGACUAUUAUUAGAUUAUUUAUGAA